AUGGGAUCUGUUAUCCCUAUAGAGAAGGCAUUUGUGCCCUCUUCGCUUUUGGCCUUCUACCUUGCGACUGCAGGCACCGUCUAUCUCUCGGUCAUCAUGACCCACGGACUUAUCAUUGUGGUGAAUCUCUCUGAUUGGUCUAAAGGAAACGGUCUGAUGCCGAACGAUGAGAUCCUGGCGAGCCUCGCGCUGUCUAACCUUUGCUUCUCCUCUUCAUCGAUUGCGGACUAUUUUUGUUCGCUCAUUUGGGAAGACUUCUACAGCGUAUUUAACAAAGUGCAAAGAGUCAUAUUUACCCUUGAUAUUGCAACAAGCUUUUCAAGCUUCUGGUUUACUGCCUGGCUUAGUGUCUUCUACUGCAUGAAGAUUGUCAACUUCAAGCAGGCGUUUUUGCUAAAGAUGAAAUUAAAAUUUUCCGGCCUCAUCCACUGGCUCCUCCUUGGCUCUACUGUGGUUUCUUUGGGAGCAGCCCUCCUGUUUCAAUGGGCUGUUAGAAUAACAGCCCAUGGAAAAGAAGCCAAAGAGACGAGCAAUCAAACAGCCGGUCUUCCUUCUACCUUCAACGGUACGUGCAACAAUGUGAAUGAAAAACCCAUCCUGCUUCACAUGUCCCCGUUUUACAGACUCCUCAUCAUUCUCCUCGGAUGCUCUGUGCCCUUGAUGGUGGUGGUUUCCUCUUCUGUGCCGGUUCUCUACUCCCUUGUUAGGCACACCCAAAAGGCGGAAGAAAGUUUAUCUCCUUUCCAAUUGGAAGCUCACCUCAGUGCUGCGAAGGCUGUGCUCUCGCUCCUCCUGUGUUAUGCUGUCUUGGUCACUUCUCAGACAUUAAUUAGGAUGGAAAUCUUUCGCAACUGGACUUACCAGUAUUUCCUGUGUCUGUCGAUUCAGCUUGCCACCUUAUUGGCACAAAGCACCGUCCUAAUUCGAAGUAAUCCAAAACUGAAGCAAGCCGCUGCACAGCUCCUUUCCGGCCUGCCAGGCUAUCACAGAAAAGGGAACAACGGAAGACGCACGGACUCACAGGAGGUAUAA